AUGAUCGGUAUUCUAGCUUCGGCAGCUUUAACAUGCAAAUAUCCGAAAAAUGCUUUUCAAAUAUUGAUAAAGAAUCAGUGUCCAAUCGCUAAUUCUUUUUGUAUCAUUGAUGUACCUUUUGAUGUAUCAGUCAAUGCGAGAUAUAGAUGCGCCACAGCGCCUCGUCAACUAAAUCCUGUCGUAAACUUGAUGAAUUCAUCACAGUUGCUGGCUCAUAUUACUGCAGACAAUCAUUUAAGUAGUGGUUAUUCAAACUGUAUGUUAACUGUAUUUUAUGCGCCGGAUUGUGUAUUUAGCUCACGAAUGGCUCCUCAUUUAUUUCUUCUCUCACAAGUAUACCCUCAGUUGCAUAUUGUUGCUACGGAUGCAUCAGUUCAUAGCAAGUUGAAUAGUCGGUAUGGCAUUAUCGCAACACCCACUGUAUUACUAUGGAUAGAUGGUAACGUAGUUUCACGUAUGGAUGAGCCACCUUUUUCAAUAGCAGCCUUCAAAAAUUAUAUAGAAAGAUGGACUGACCUUGAAUCAGAAUAUUACUCUGGUGCGGAUGAUGAGAAUUCAUCAGUUAAUGUUAUAGGCAAGUUCGAAUUCUCAAUUUUUAAUAUUUUCUCUUAGAA